UAGCAAUAAAAUUCCUCAUGGAGCCAUGUAAUAUGAACAUAACUGAAACCGGUUUAAUCUGCUGGCAGAUUUCAAACAAAAUAUAAUGUUGUGCCCAUUGUGACAACAUAAAAGGUAAUAAGAACAACAUGACCAAGUCUUCCUCGGAGUCAAAUCACAAGCAUGUUCCAUGCUCAACUAAAUAAAAUAACGCAGCAAAAAAGACAGCGACUUCUCGUUAUAAAUAAUAGUCUCUGUCCUAUCACACUUUCAUUUCCUUACAAAAAUUCCAAAAGAUAAACCAAAAGAAAAAAAGCUCUGGAUUCAGAAUCUCAGAUCAAGAAGAAAAAGACGAUGUCAAUAAAGUUAUUGUCAUCACUCGAUGCAGCUCGAAUACAAUGGUACCAUUUCAAAGCCAUCAUAGUCGCAGGUAUGGGACUAUUCACCGACGCUUACGACCUCUUCUGCAUCGCACCCGUCAUGAAAAUGAUCAGCCAUGUUUAUUACCACGGUGAAUCCAUCAACACAGCCGUUCUCUCCACUUCUUACGCCAUCGCUCUCCUCGGGACAGCAGCAGGUCAACUCGUGUUCGGUUACCUCGGGGACCGAGUCGGUCGUCGCCGAGUCUACGGCCUUUGUCUCAUCAUAAUGAUCUUAAGCUCCUUCGGUUGUGGCUUCUCCGUGUGCACCACGCGUAGGUCUUGUGUUGUGGUUAGUCUCGGUUUCUUCCGGUUUAUUCUCGGUUUGGGUAUCGGUGGUGAUUACCCUCUCUCGGCUACUAUUAUGUCCGAGUUUGCUAAUAAGAGGACACGUGGCGCGUUUAUAGCUGCGGUGUUUUCUAUGCAAGGGUUGGGGAUUCUUGUGAGCUCAGCCGUGACCAUGGCUGUUUGCGUGGCGUUUAAAAGAGGUGGCGGCGGUGGUUCAGAGACAGAUGGCAAGGCUCCGCCUGAAGCUGACGUGGCGUGGAGGCUUAUAUUAAUGAUCGGUGCUCUUCCUGCUGCAUUGACGUUUUACUGGCGAAUGCUCAUGCCUGAAACCGCAAGAUACACAGCACUUGUGGAAAACAAUAUCGUCCAAGCAGCAAAAGACAUGGAAAGAGUCAUGACAAUAACUGAUAUCUCCGAUGAAACAACAACGGAGCCACCACUACCUCCUCCUCCUUUGCCUCCUUCAUACACACUCUUCUCCCUCCGCUUCCUCCGCCUCCACGGCCGUGACCUCUUUGCCGCAUCUGUUAACUGGUUCCUAGUAGACGUUGUUUUCUACACAAGCAACCUCCUCCUCUCCCAAAUUUUCAGCCACUACUCGGAUAAAUCUUCUUCCUCCACCACUGAGAACGUCUACGAUGCAGCCUUCGAAGUGGCGGAGCUAGGAGCCAUCAUAGCCGCUUGCUCAACCAUUCCUGGUUAUUGGUUCACAGUUUACUUCAUCGACAAGAUAGGUCGUGUUAAGAUUCAGAUAAUGGGGUUUUUCUUCAUGGCCGUUGUUUAUUUGGUCGCAGGGAUUCCAUACACUUGGUAUUGGUCAAAGCAUGAGCAGACGAAGAAAGGCUUUAUGGUUCUUUACGGUUUGGUUUUUUUCUUUUCUAACUUUGGUCCCAACACUACGACUUUUAUCAUACCCGCAGAGCUUUUCCCGGCUAGGUUUAGGUCGACUUGCCACGGGAUAUCUGGAGCCGCGGGGAAGCUUGGGGCUAUUGUGGGAACUGUUGGGUUCUUGUGGGCCACGGAGAAGGAAGAAGACGGAGAUGACAUGAACAAGGUUUAUCCCGAGGUUAAUAAUAUGAGUGUUGCUUUCUUGAUUCUUGGUGGAGUUUGCAUUGCUGGAAUGUUUGUCACUUACUUCUUCACCAAAGAAACUAUGGGAAGAUCGUUAGAGGAGAACGAGCACGAACAAGAACGAAAUAACAAUCAUGAGAGCCAAGAUGAGUCACAGAUUGUUGGCAGGCAAUCAUCAGCAAGCACUUUGCUUCCGACACAAUGAUGAAUCAGUUCAAGUUUUUUUUUUCUGACCAAGUUUAGUAGACAACGGAAGCUACUUUUAUGUUUAUGUUUAGUUCCUACUAUUUUUUUUCAUCUUUGAUAUUUAAUUUUACAUUUACUUCUUACCCAAGAAACAGUUUAAUGUACGCUUCCU